GCUCCGUCGCCCGCGCCGCCUCGUCUUCUCGGCACCCGAGGCGGCCGCCCGGCCGUCCUGCGGCUUUUCCGUCCUGCCGCUGCGGACCGCGGGCCAGGAUCAUGUCCCGAAAGCAGGCGGCCAAGAGCCGGCCGGGCAGCGGCAGCCGCAAAGCCGAGGUCGAGCGCAAGCGGGACGAGCGGGCGGCGCGUCGGGCCCUGGCCAAGGAGCGGCGGAACCGGCCGGAGUCCGGCGGCGGCGGCGGCUGCGAGGAGGAGUUCGUCAGCUUCGCGAACCAGCUGCAGGCCCUGGGGCUGAAGCUGCGGGAGGUGCCGGGGGACGGCAAUUGCUUGUUCAGAGCUCUCGGUGAUCAAUUGGAGGGACACUCACGAAAUCAUCUCAAGCACCGACAGGAGACGGUGGACUACAUGAUAAAGCAGCGGGAAGAUUUUGAACCCUUUGUAGAAGAUGACAUUCCUUUUGAGAAGCAUGUGGCCAGUUUGGCAAAGCCUGGUACUUUUGCUGGCAAUGAUGCAAUUGUAGCCUUUGCAAGAAAUCAUCAAUUGAAUGUGGUGAUUCAUCAGCUUAAUGCCCCUUUGUGGCAGAUUCGGGGUACAGAUAAAAGCAACGUGAGAGAGUUACACAUCGCGUAUAGGUAUGGAGAGCACUAUGACAGCGUUCGGAGGAUCAAUGACAACUCGGAAGCACCUGCACAUCUCCAGACGGAUUUUCAGAUACUUCAUCAAGAUGAAUCAAAUAAAAGAGAAAAGAUUAAAACAAAGGGAAUCGAUUUUGAAGAUGACCUGAGAGAUGAAGUAGAAGAUGCUGUCCAGAAAGUUUGUAAUGCAACUGGAUGUUCAGAUUUUAAUUUAAUAGUCCAGAACCUGGAAGCUGAAAAUUAUAAUAUUGAAUCUGCAAUAAUUGCCAUGCUUCAGAUGAACCAGGGAAAAAGAAAUAAUGCAGAGGAGAAUCUUGAGCCCAGUGGUCGAGUGCUGAAGCAGUGUAGCCCAUUAUGGGAGGAGGGUGGCAGCGGUGCCAGAAUCUUUGGAAAUCAGGGCUUAACUGAAGGCAGGACCGAAAAUAAUAAGGCGCGGGCCAGCCCUAGUGAAGAACACAAGGCAGAUAAGAACCAGCUCCCAAAGGUCACAAACAAACAGAGGAGAGAGCAGCAGCGGCUGGAGAAGAAGAAACGACAGGAGGAGAGGCACCGUCACAAAGCCCUGGAGAGCAGGAGUGGCCACAGGGACAACAACAGAAGUGAAGCAGAUGCGAACACACAGGUCACCUUGGUGAAGACCUUUGCCGCUCUCAACAUCUGACUCUCUGGCCUCCUGGGAGUUAAAAGCUGAUGGAAAAUGGAGGCUGCGUCCCAGGCUUUCCAGCCAGGCCGUCCUUUUACAAUACGAAACACAACCAAGAAAACCCACACAUAAGCUCACAUACAGUUAGUUUCCUUCAAGCUGCCUAUGUUUUGCUCAGUUUUGUCAGUGAUGUGUUUUGUUUUAUGAAAGUGCAGUGAAGCCUUUCAUGUUCCGUACUACAAACAUAACACACUGAGUUUUAGGGACGGAUGAAUAGAUCAGGAAAAACCUUUUAAGUGUAGCUUUAUUUGCCCUGAAAGUCAGAGUUCAGUGAUCCUGGGAUCUUUCCUUUAACACUGGGGGUGAAUUUUGCUGUAAUUUUUCGUGAAGUAGUUUAGAGUGGUUGUUAGAAAUUCAGAAUGACAAGUUUCCUUAGUUUCUAUUUCAUUUUCAAACAGAUAUUAACAAAUAGGGUAGUUUAUAAAUGAUCUCCAACUCAGGAACGUGUUUAGAUUUAAUUUUCUUCUAAUCUGAAUUACUCAGAAAAUAAUUCAGGAAUUGUUUUCCCAAAGUAAUAUGAUAUGAGGGUUGUGGCCUGUAGUCAGGGUAGAAAUUAAAAAACUGCAUUUCUUUCCUUCCUGAUUCUGACGUUAUUUCAGAUGGGAUGCAGGUGCUGUUAGUUCAUUUGCACUCAAGCCAUAUGAUAAAUGCACCUGACUGUUAAUUAGGCCUGGGCCUUUCUGGGAAGUCGAUAGUGUCUGGUUUUUGGUACUUGUUCCCUGACAAUGGGAAAAUAGCAUGUUACUGCUUGUGAUGCAGUUCUGGAAUUCUGAUAGUAUGUAGAGCAGGGUCUGUAAUUGUAAAGGGAGAUGUUAGGGGAUUCCUGGGGUUUUGCCUUGGAGGAAUCUAAAGAAGGAGAAAUCUGGAAGAGUAUCUAAGGUUUUUCAUGUUCACAUUUUAAAUAAAUGUGUAUUUUCUUCUCUGUUACUCUAGAGUUAGAAAGAGAAAUAAAAGAUAACUUGACCUUAUAGGUUGGUAAACUUGCUUAGUAUUGUGGAAAUGAAAUCUCAUAAAAUGCCACAUUUAUUUCUUUUUGUUUAAGCCCUGUUUGUUACUUUGAUAUUGGGAAAACUCUCCAGCAUCUACUGGAAGUUGUCGGUGAUUUAGGUUGGACCAGCAAGGAGGAGAACAUACUUUGGUUAAGGUCUUUGAAUGACUACAGUUCUGAAGUAGAUUUGGACAGAGGAGAGAUGUCAUUUCAAAAACUGAAUUAGGUGAACUUGAACUGUAAAACUGUAAUGUGUGAGGUGACCAGUCUUGGGCUGUCUUUGCCUUUUGGGGACCUAAUAUUUGGGCAGAUAAUAUAUGCUGAGUCAAAAGGCAAAUUUUUAGUUGUCUCCGCUACUCCUCAAAUUUCAAAAUUAUAAAAAUUUGGAGGCAAACUAAAAAUGUUUUGACAUGUGUAGACAUAUUGGUUGGCAGGCCCUCAAUUCAUUGAAUUGUCCAGUAGGCCAUUUCCUUUCUGCAGUUUUAAUGAUGAUACCUUUUGAUUUUUUGUUUGAUUUUGGUGGCUUUCUGUGGAUGGAGCAUCAGUAGUCUCUUGGAACUGCUCCCAGGACAUUGUGGUUUGGGCUUCUUCGUGGGUACAGUACUCUGUAGUAUUUAACAGGUUUUAAAAACCACAUAUUUUUUUUGCUCUGCACAUUGCGGAGUCCUGAGUUCGAGGCUCUAGUGCUGUACUCAGUCCAAACAAGUGAAGGACCUCUGUGGGCUUACUGUAAGGAAGUGGGACCCAGUGCUGUAGGGUUUGUUAUUCUCUUGGUUUUCAACUCUGGAGCGAUUGCUGACUGGCCCAGCUUUUCUGAAUGAACACUUUCCUGUCUGUUUCGUACAGCUUGAGUGCAGAAGACCAGAUCCUGUCAGAAAGAUCAAGACUGUGUAACAGAACUUCACAUUUAGGAGUCAGAAAUAGCUUAAGGGAGACCAGUUGUCGGAAACAGUAGAAUUGCUUUAUUUACUUGGUUAAUGAAGGUGUCCUUGAGCCCUGUUGGGUUUUAGAAAUUGAGAAAAAGUUACUAAAGAAUAUUGGGAACAUUUGUUUAUAAAUUACCUAAUUCUGAUAAUAGCAUUUCUGGGGUGCAAUAGCAGUAGUUUUAAAAACUAAUCAAAUGGCUUUAGUAAUUUUUUUUAUUACCAUUUCAUAGCUUUCCAGCUACAAUUGGUCUGGAUUUAGUGUGUUAAUUAUUAGGAAUGGGGUACAUGCACCCAACUUCAAUGAUAUCUUCUAGCCUAAGGGUUUGAAUUUCGUCUUCACAGCCUCAGUCUCACUGCAGUAAGUAAGACAGAUGGAAUCCCUAUGCUUAGUUGCCUUAGUGGGCAUUUGAAAAUUAUUUCACUGGUGGCUCAAAUGAAGGUCAAGUAUGUUUAGUCCUGGGGCGACUAUUGUCAGUGACCGUUACCCUAGUGCAGUUACUCACGUGAACUCUAAGGAACUGGAUCAAUCUAAACCUCUGUAUUAUAUCUUGGCUGGUAGAGAUUUAUGUUACGUGGGGUUGUCAUGGUAGCUUGUAGCGUGGCCAGGAGAAAAGGGUAGGGCAGUGGUGCAUAGCUGCUUACUGGUCUUAUAAACUGUAUAUAAAGGUUUUAUGGAUUUUAAAAAAGAUUUUUUUUAAAGGUCAAAAUAAAUAAAAUUUUAGUGGCAACAACUUUGAAUUAGAGAGGUAGAUGUAUUAAAACAACAUAGAGCUACAACUUCUAAAUAAUAUAGUUGCCACCAGGAGAUAUUAGAAAGGUAGAAUGUAUAUGUAUAUUUAGUUUUUCAAUAAUAUGAACAUAGAUUUUCAGGAGCAAAGUACGGUUGAGGAAUUGUGGCAGAGUGAAUUUUAAAUGUUAGUUAAAGUUGUUGGUAGUUUCUUUUAUAAGCUCUGAAAACACUUCCAAUGCCAUUGUGGUUCUGAGGGCUUGUGAAGUGGAAUCUCCCUUUCGCGGCAGCUAGAGCUGGGCUUGGAGGGAGCCUUUCUGUAGGUGCCUCAUAAUGCCCUGCCUGCUUCCCCAGGGAACUUCGCGGUGUGAAACGACAGGAUGGUCAGCGGGAGGAGGGCCAUGUGAAGUCGUGGAGGGAGUUGCUCACGGAUUAUGUGGAUCAUCACAUGGACUUUGGCAUCAAAACUUACUGUAGUGAGUCCCUGUAGUGAAUGUGCAAUUUCUCUUAUUCUGAGAAACUCUCUAGAUUCUGCCUGGGUUUUACUGGGUCAACAUAGAAUGCUCUCAGUUUACCUCUGAAAUACCUGGUCAGUUAAGGAAACUUGGAUUCCUUGUCAAUGUUGACUGAAAGUCAUGCUGAUCAAAAGGGUCUUUGCGGGGGGAAGAGAAGGGAGUGUCCUGCUUCCAGUGUGUCCCAUCCGUGGCGUGGCCCUCUCCGACGCUCUCUUUGGGUAGAUGCACAGCUCUUCGCCUUUUUACCUCAAGGCUCUGUCUCGCCACAUCGAACCUGUAGACGCAGAGUCUGAUGCAGUAGUUCUGUUUUGCCAUUCUCAUUAUUCCCAGUUUCAUUCAUCUCAGCUUUCAGAACAGGUAUUUCUAAAACUCUGGGGCCUUCGACAGUUGUUUUGAGGUGAUUUAGUAAUGGCACUUUUUACAAGAUGUGUUUCCCUGGCUCUAACGUAAAUGGUAUUUUUCCACUGACGUCGUUGAAUUGAAUAUCUAGAUGGCAUGUUUAAACUGUAACAAAUCUAUCAAUGUGUAUUAUAAAGGGGAAAAUCGAUCAUUUGGGGAAGUGGAGAUACGGAGCAGAGGUCACCAAGUGUGUGUACAGUGUGUAGCUCACUGUGUGCUGCUGAGCUGGGCCACAAGACAGCUGUGCCUUGUGGAUGGCCUGGCCCUUUUUGUCCCAAGCUAAAAUUCCCUUUCAUACCUCAGGCUCUUAACUAUUUUUUCUAAGUGGUUGCUCUCUAGAGUCUCUCUCUUUAAUUGUCCUCGUUAGGACUACUUUGUGGCUCGACGCAAAUGUUUAGUAUCCUUGCAGAAUUACUUGAGAAGGGGCUGGUACCAUUGUAAAGAAUCUGAAAGCAUGAACUUUUGCAUAGUGAAUUUAUUUUAGGCAGGUGUACCUGUGAUACAGAGCAAAGCUGCUUCCACUCCUGUGCCGGUCCCCAUGCAGGUAGUGACCACUGGACUAAUCCUCCAUGGUCUGGCUCUAGUCUUUUGCAUGUCACCGUCCAGCAGGUCUCUGUGCCCGCUGUCCAUGACAAUCAUUUGAGCUCAGUCACGGGCCUCAGCUGCGGGUUGGAUCGUUUGGCAGGUCCCUCGAGCAAUGCUGGUGAGAGGCUCCUCAGUUUCCCACUCUCGUGGUUCAUUUUUCCUGGCAAGAAGGGCCCUUGGCCUCCCUAGCUGCCCUUCCAGCACCCUUCGUCAGCACCAAGCUCAGAGGAAAGCAGAGAAGAGCCAGGAGCCAGACUCCGCCCCUGCGUGCUCCCCUUUCUGAUGGGGACGCGUUGGCCAGUGUCAGUCCCCUGUACGGAGGAGGCGAGUGUGUCCGUGGAGAAAGGGCCUUCUCUUUUUUCUAAUUGCACUAUACUCGUUCUAGCUUCAGUCUGGAGAUAUUUAAGACCUCCAUGGGGUCAUGAUCCAUAGACUUAGCAAGUCUUGCCUUAUCUAUGGAGCUUGAUGGUGAGAAAUGUGAUGAUUGUCUGACGUCCAUAGUUCCUUUCCCCUCCGUUGUUUCCUUCCACAGAUUGUGUUCAUCUGAACCAUUUUAUUUUUUAUUUACCAAAGUACUGUACUUGGCUAUUUGCAGUGUUUUCAAAACCAAAUGUUUCUUUUUUUGUGUUUUUAAUCUUCAAUACUUGGUGCAAUAGAAGCUGCAAAGAUGUGCCACUUUAUCUAUGAAAUGGAGUUUUGUAUACCAAUAAAUUCUAGUUUAAAAACAAA